GUGGCUUAGGUCUAUGGAGAGAACAUAGAUCAUGAUGCUAUAGAAUUCAGUACCGUACUUAAUCCAAUUUUACAAAAAAUCUUUUGAAAUAAUUUGUUUUCCCAUAGCAGAAAAAAAUCGGGGUAACCAAAAUCGGAAAAUGAAUCCUUGCAAAAUACCAACUGCCGUAGAAGAUACUGAGGGGGAUAAUAGAUGGAUAAGUAUUCACAAUCGUUUCCUCUCAGAAACAAGGGAAAAGGAUGCUGACGUUAUUUUUAUAGGCGAUUCAGUAAUACAGGCUCUACAGCAUUGUGAAGCUUGGAACGAAUUAUUUGCCCCUUUGCAUUGUUUGAAUUUUGCUAUUCACAGGGAUAAAAUAGAAAAUGUUUUGUGGCGUUUGAAGAAUGGGGAAUUAGACCACAUCAAGCCCAAGGUGGUUGUUCUACAUGUUGGAACAAAUAAUCAUCGAAAUUCAGCAGAUGAAAUUUGUGAGGGUAUAUUAGAAUUGAUUGAAAUAAUCAGAGAAAAACUGCCCGAUGUCUAUGUUGUAGUUCCUACUCUUCUCCCUAGAGGUCAAUAUCCGAAUUUAAUUAGAGACAAAUUAAAUAAAGUGAAUGAUUUACUACGUGAAAAAUUAUUGUGCAAACCAAAGAUAGAAUUCAUAAGAAUAGAUGGUGGUUUUGUUUUACCUGAUGGAUCAAUCAGUCAUCAUGAUAUGUAUGAUUAUUUAUUACUUACAAAUUCAGGAUGUCGUAAGGCUUUUAGACCAGUACAUGAGUUGUUAGUUCAACUACUAAAUGAGGGUGAAUUGGAGAAAGAUUUGAGUCCUUCUGAGUGAAGUGGUGCCUAAUUUCCCACGUCAGUUGAAGUGCAGGAUUGGACUUCCAAGUUGAGUAUAUUUUGUUUUUUCAGUGAAAAAGUGUAUGAAAGUUCAUUUUCUCUCAGUUAGGUGUUUUGGUUUUUCAAAUAAUAAUAAAAAUUGUUCUAUUGAAUAUCUUAAGCCCUGUGAAUUUAUACCUCUAAUAAGAAAUAAUUUUUUUUUAUUGUAUGGCAUAUUAUAUCUUAUUCUAUUUUUUAUUUGACUAAUAAUUGUCCUAGAUUUGAGACUGAAUUGUCACACACUAGCAUGUAUAUUUAACUGCUUGUUUUUGUUUAUAUUAUAUAGAUGUAAGUAAGUAUAUUGUAAUAAGCAUCUAGUAGUGAAUCCAAAAGUACUUCAGAAAACUGAUACCCUUCCAUGUUUAUUUAAUCAUCCCCAUUCAAAAGCUUUCAAAUGAUCUGUUAAAAGUCUUAUCCAUGUAUGAAAUUUCGAUUGAAUUUCAGUUAUUUGCUUCUGCCAGACAGACCAAACAUCUACUUAUGUACGAAUUUCGAUUGAGAGCCUUAAUAAUUAUGCGGAAUUGUAUUUUGAAAAAUACUAUUUAUUGAAAUUGUGAUAAUCGCGUUUAAUUUUUCACGCACUAGACUUUAAGGACAUUGAUUCAUUUGAAAAUUAUAAACGAUUUCAUUAGAAAUUGCUGCUAGUCUUCGUAUGAGUGUCUUGUCAGUUUAUUUGUUCAACAACUUUAAAAAUAUUAUCUAGUUCUUUUUUAUUUUGUUUACUGUACAUUCCAACCAAAGUGUUUUAUAAAAUGUAUUGAAUAUUAUGAACAAAAAAUUUAUUUCAUUUGUAUACAUGAAUUUCUUGAGUUAUAUAAUAAAUUAUUGCAUUUUA